GGUGACGUACGCCCGCCCCUUGACCCUGGCGGCCCCGCCCCCUCCCCGUCCUCCCGGGUCUGCUGCAGAGUCUCGGAAGGCGAUGAAGAGGUCCGAGCCGUUGGCUGCUCUUCGCCGGGAAGAGGCGUCCUGCUCCUCCUGGGGAGCUUGCAGUGCAAGUAAAAAUUUUCCCACCAUGUCAACAGAAUCUGUGGAAAUCGAUGAUGGAUUAUACAGUCGACAGAGGUAUGUUCUUGGUGACACAGCAAUGCAGAAGAUGGCCAAGUCCCAUGUCUUCUUAAGUGGAAUGGGUGGUCUUGGAGUAGAAAUUGCAAAGAAUCUUGUUCUCGCAGGGAUUAAGGCACUGACAAUUCAUGAUAUGAAAAUAUGCCAAGCAUGGGAUCUAGGGACCAAUUUCUUUCUGUGUGAAGACGAUGUUGUUAAUGAGAGAAAUAGGGCUGAAGCUGUACUUCAUCGUAUUACAGAACUGAAUCCAUAUGUCCAUGUCUCAUCAUCCUCAGCCCCUCUUGAUGGAACCACAGAACUCUCCUUCUUAAAAAAAUACCAGUGCGUAGUAUUGACUGAAGUGAAACUGACCUUACAAAAGAAGAUCAAUGACUUCUGCCAUUCUCAAUGCCCUCCGAUUAAGUUUAUUAGUGCAGAUGUACAUGGAAUUUGGUCCAGGUUGUUUUGUGAUUUUGGUGAUGAAUUUGAAGUUUCAGAUACAACAGGAGAAGAACCAAAGGAAAUUUUCAUUUCAAAUAUAACACAAGCUAAUCCAGGCAUUGUUACAUGCCUUGAAAAUCAUCCUCACAAUCUUGAGACAGGACAAUUCCUAACAUUUCGAGAAAUUAAUGGAAUGACAGGUUUAAAUGGAUCUAUACAACAGAUAACUGUGGUGUCUCCAUUUUCCUUCAGCAUUGGUGACACUACAGAACUGGACCCGUAUUUACAUGGAGGCAUAGCUGUACAAGUUAAGACUCCUAAAACAUUUUGCUUUGAAACCCUGGAGAGGCAGAUAAAACAUCCAAAGUGCCUUAUUGCAGAUUUUAGCAAACCUGAGGCGUCUUUACAGAUUCAUGCAGCCAUGCUUGCCUUGGACCAUUUUCAGGAAAACUACAGUCGUAACCCAAAUAUCAGAUGCCAGCAAGAUUCAGAUGAACUGUUAAAGUUAACAGUAUGUAUAAGUGAAACCUUGGAAGAGAAGCCUGAAGUGAACCCUGACAUUGUGCGCUGGCUCUCGUGGACUGCUCAAGGCUGUUUACCCCCACUUGCUGCAGCAGUCGGGGGGGUUGCCAGCCAAGAAGUAUUAAAAGCUGUGACAGGGAAGUUUUCUCCUUUGUGCCAAUGGUUGUAUCUUGAAGCAGCAGAUACUGUUGAGUCCCUGGGCAGUCCUGGUCGUGAAGAGUUCCUCCCACGAGGAGAUAGAUAUGAUGCCUUACGAGCCUGCAUUGGAAAUACAUUGUGUCAGAAGCUACAUAAUCUGAAUGUCUUCCUAGUAGGAUGUGGCGCCAUAGGCUGUGAAAUGUUAAAGAACUUUGCAUUACUGGGUGUUGGUACAAGCAGAGAGAAGGGAAUGGUUACAGUUACAGAUCCUGACUUGAUAGAAAAAUCCAACCUAAACAGACAGUUCCUGUUUCGACCUCAUCACAUCCAGAAACCUAAAAGCUAUACUGCUGCUGAAGCAACUCUGAAAAUAAAUCCGCAGUUAAAAAUAGAUGCACAUCUGAACAAAGUUUGUCCAGCCACUGAGAGUAUAUACAGUGAUGAAUUUUAUACUAAGCAAGAUAUCAUUAUUACAGCACUAGAUAAUGUGGAAGCCAGGAGAUAUGUAGACAGCCGUUGUUUAGCAAAUCUCCGGCCUCUCCUAGAUUCUGGAACAAUGGGCACAAAGGGACACACUGAAAUUAUUGUACCUCAGUUGACUGAAUCGUAUAAUAGUCACCGGGACCCCCCAGAGGAGGAAAUACCAUUUUGUACUCUGAAGUCCUUUCCAGCUGCUAUCGAACACACUAUCCAGUGGGCAAGAGACAAGUUUGAAAGUUCCUUUUCCCACAAGCCUUCAUUGUUUAACAAAUUUUGGCAAGCCUAUCCUUCUGCAGAAGACGUCUUACAGAAGAUACAAAAUGGACAGAGUUUAGAAGGCUGUUUUCAAGUUAUUAAGCUACUUAGCAGAAGACCCAGAAAUUGGUCCCAGUGUGUAGAAUUAGCAAGACUAAAGUUUGAAAAGUAUUUUAACCAUAAGGCUCUACAACUUCUUCACUGUUUUCCUCUUGACACACGAUUAAAAGAUGGCAGUUUGUUUUGGCAGUCACCAAAAAGGCCGCCUUCUCCAAUAAAAUUUGAUUUAAAUGAAACUUUGCAUCUCAGUUUUCUUCAGAGUGCUGCAAAAUUAUAUGCUACAGUAUAUUGCAUUCCAUUUUCAGAAAAGGACUUAUCAGUGGAUACCCUCAUGGAUAUUGUUUCAGAAGUUAAAAUUCAGGAAUUCAAACCUUCCAACAAGGUUGUUCAAACAGAUGAGACUGCAAGGAAGCCAGACCCUGUCCCCGUCUCCAGCGAAGACGAGAGGAGUGCCGUUUUCCAGCUAGAAAAGGCAAUUUCAUCUAACAAAGCCACCAAAAGUGACCUUCAGAUGGCAGUCCUUUCAUUUGAAAAAGAUGAUGACAAUAAUGGACACAUUGAUUUCAUCACAGCUGCAUCCAACCUUCGAGCCAAAAUGUAUAGCAUUGAACCAGCUGACAGGUUUAAAACUAAGCGCAUAGCUGGUAAAAUUAUCCCUGCUAUAGCAACAUCUACUGCUGCAGUCUCUGGCUUGGUUGCCUUGGAGAUGAUCAAAGUAGCUGGUGGCUAUCCCUUUGAAGCUUACAAAAACUGUUUCCUUAAUUUAGCCAUUCCAAUAAUAGUGUUUACAGAGACAUCUGAAGUAAGAAGAACUGAAAUCAGAAAUGGAAUUUCAUUUACAAUUUGGGACAGAUGGGCUGUACAUGGAAAUGAAGAUUUCACACUCUCAGAUUUCAUGAAUGCUGUCAAAGAGAAGUACGGAAUUGAACCGACAAUGGUGGUGCAGGGAGUCAAAAUGCUCUAUGUUCCUGUAAUGCCGGGUCAUGCAAAAAGGUUAAAGUUAACAAUGCACAAACUUGUGAAACCUUCCACUGAGAAGAAAUAUGUGGAUCUUACUGUGUCAUUUGCCCCAGACACUGAUGGAGAUGAAGAUUUGCCAGGACCUCCAGUACGAUACUACUUCAGUCAAGACACUGAUGAAUAGUUGUCAUAGAGUUACUCCAGGACUACUUUAUUUUGGAAAGUGUACUUAAUUCAGAAGCUAAAAUUAAUCAGCUCAUAAUACUGUGGAUUUCUUUUUGCCUUAAUUGAAGGGAAACAUAAGUAGUAAACGACUACAUUGAACAAUUAGAAAACAUUUUGGAGCAUAGUACACAUCUGUUGCUUCAUACAUCUAUGAUCACAGCAACUUUGGACUGGAAUACCAUUUUCUAAUGCUUACAAGUUUGUAUAUUAAGCCCUGUGGAUGAAAAGAGGAACAAAGAAUUUAUUUAUGACCAGAAGAAAUAAAGAUGAAGAAAUAGAAAACAGUGAAUCCUGGCUAUUCAAAAAGCUAAAUCCUGUUUUAAGGUUUUCUUUUAUAUUUGGUAUUUGAGACCUGUAUUUCAGUAUAAAUAGUGUGAUACUGUACCUCUGACAUAAUUAAGCUUUGACAUUUUCAUAGCACUGAGAGACGGAAGGAUGGUAGUGGUAAAUGAAGAGCAGAGAUUUAAAAUUGGGUAGCUACAGUUAGUGUCCGUUAGCUCUGCUAACAGACUUGGUUACAAUACUUCCUCCCCUAAAUCAAGAGUUGUGCGAUAUGAUCAGUGUUGUAAACCAUGAGGUGAUGAUGACAUGUUAACUUGGACUAAAUGUUAACAGUAUUAUAUGCACUCUGACGACUCUCAGAAAAUCCAUGAAUGUGAGCAAGUAAAUGUGGCUAAUCAUUUGAUUGUUAAUAUGCCUUUAUUUUAUUUAUCUGGAACUCUAAACUAGUCAUAGUAUAUAAGACAGAAAUGUUUUAUAAAAGGAAUAUCCUUAGAAAUAGAUGAAAUU